AUUGAGUUCUGCAAAAAUAAUGACCUCCAGUUGAUAGUAAGGGCACAUGAGUGUGUCAUGGAUGGUUUUGAACGAUUUGCUCAGGGCCAUUUAAUCACUCUUUUCUCUGCAACUAACUAUUGUGGAACAACAAAUAACACGGGGGCAAUUUUGGUUUUCGGACGAGAUCUUGUGGUUGCCCCAAAGCUAAUUCAUCCCUUACCUCCUGCCUUCCAUUCUCCUGAAACAUCACCGGAACGUCAUAUUGAGGAUACAUGGAUGCAAGAAAUUAAUGCCAAUAGACCAGCCAUGCCUACCCGAGGCAGACCUCAAGUGGCAAAUGAUCGAGGUUCUCUAGCCUGGAUAUAGAAAUCAUCCCAAAUAUGGUAUACUAA